AUGUCUUUCACAUCCAUCCCAGUUCUAGAUCUGUCUCUGGCCAAGGACCCGGCUACCAAGCCGGCUUUCCUCGCAGACCUCAGACACGCCCUUAUGGAAGUGGGCUUCUUAUAUCUCAAGAAUGUCGGUAUUCCACAGGAGGUGUUUGACCAGGUCAUUCGAGAAGGGAAGAGCUUCUUUGAUAUCCCAGAAGAGGAAAAACUCAGGAUCGAGAUGAAAAAUGCACCCUCCUUCCUCGGCUACUCCCGUCUGUCCGCCGAGAUCACCGCCGGCGCCAUCGACCACCGCGAACAGAUCGACCUGUCCACCGAGCACCCCCUACCCGAGCCCGGCGCGCCGUUGCACUACAACCUGCUAGCACCCAACCAGUGGCCAUCAUCGGAUGUGCUCCCAUCCUUCCGCCAGACGUUCACCGACUACAUGAAGAAUAUGGGCGACAUCUCCAUCUAUUUUACCAGCCUGAUCGCCGAAGCGAUCGAGCUCCCCGCCGACGCGUUCAACAAGUACUUUGAUAAGGACCAGCAGCACAAGCUCAAGAUUGUCAAGUACCCGGAUGUGGGAACGUUGGGUAAGGAAGGUAAAGAAGGGAAUCAGGGCGUGGGGCCACAUAAGGAUAGUAUGCUAUCAUCCUACCUCCUCCAAGCCUCCCACCACCGCGGCCUGCAAGUCCAAAACAUACGCGGUGAAUGGAUUGACUGCCCGCCCAUCCCUGGCACCUUGGUUGUCGCCAUAGGUCAAGGUCUCGAAGCCCUCACACAAGGCGUCUGCGUGAGCACCACGCACCGGGUCCUCUCCCCUGCCGUGGGCCAGGGAGCGCGCUUCUCCAUCCCCUUCUUCCAGGGCGUGCGGGGGGACACCACCUUUGACGAUUUGGAAAAGGUCGGUGUCGGGCAGGUGCCCGAGCACGUCAAGGAGCAGCGCAGGAGGGUGCUGGAGGCGAACGGCGGGCAGAGAUUGGAUGAUGUCGAGUUUACCUUCCGAAAGGGAGGCGUCGCGACUACCCUGGGCGAGGCGACGUUGAGGAACCGCGUCAAGAGUCAUCCGGAUGUCGGGGAGAGGUGGUAUCUGGAGAUCUUGAAGAGUUUGAGGGAGGAGCAAGCUAGGGCGGCGGCGGCGGCGGCCAGUCCUCCGGUAAAUGCGGCUGUCGUGUCGCCGGAGGGCAAAGCUGUUGAGGCGCAUUAG